AGGACUUGAGUGAUGAAACGGAAGAUGGUAGAAUGCUCCCUUCUCUUGGAUACAAAUGGUGCUUGAUAAUCUCUUACGAUGGCACCCGUUUUUCAGGAUGGCAAUAUCAAACGUCAACCCCAACUGUACAAUGUUUACUGGAAGAGGCGCUAAUCCGAAUUACAAAAUUAGAACGUGAUCACCUCUGCGUUGUUGGUGCAGGCCGAACAGAUGCAGGAGUCCAUGCCUGGGGUGGCACACUUCACCACACCUUUCAAUUAUGACUGCUUGGCUGCUGUUCACAAAGCACUAAAUGGUCUUCUCCCUCCCGAUAUCAGAAUCAGAGAGAUGAGAUCCGUCCCACCUGAAUUUCACGCGCGCUUUUCUGUUACAAGCAAGAUUUACAAUUACAGAAUUUACAACGACACCAUCAUGGAUCCAUUUCUGAGGCUCCAUGUGUACCACAGUACUUAUAAACUCAAUCCUGCUGCUAUGAGGGAUGCUGCAAAGCAUUUUGUAGGGAAGCAUGACUUCUCUGCUUUUGCUAAUACUUCGCGCAAUGAUAGGAUACCGAAUCCGGUCAAGAAUAUCUUCCGCUUUGAUGUGAUUGAGACGGGACCUGUGUUGCACCUUGAAGUCGAAGGAACAGGUUUUCUAUACAGACAAGUUCGGAAUAUGGUUGCGUUGUUGCUUCAAGUCGGGAGAGAGGCCGUUCCACCUGACAUCGUCUCCAAGAUCUUGGCAUCUCGUGACAGGAAGGAGUUGGCCAAAUUUACCUUGGCAGUUCCUCCUCAUGGUUUGUGCCUUCAUGCUGUCAACUACAACGAGGAUCAUCUUCAACUUCCCACGGGUUGCCCUGCAACGAGCCGGGGUAGGCACCAUACUAUAAGCAAAUGUAAGCUCCCAUACUAUUGAUCAACACACAUUCUUGAAUUGAGGGAGUUAAUUGAUGCAACCUGGAUUCUUGAAAGUGUGUAUGUGCAUAUUUGUGUGCUUUAUCUCUAAUUUGAUUUUAUACAA